GCGGGCGAGGACGGAGCUGGCAGCGGGGCUCGGGCCUCCCAACGCCAACAUGGACCAGCGGCGGCUGGAGAAGCCUCGCAGCUACACCACGUCGUCAGCCACGUCCCAGAACCCCAGAUUCUCCUACCUAUCUGAAACCACAAGGGACCUGCCUUACAUGAGGGUGUCUCAGGGCUCAGUCGGCACGGACAGGCAGCACCACACCACCAUCGUGUUCUGCAGGUCACAGAGCAGCCAGGCUGCCCUGGUGCCCAGGGAGCACAAGGCGUUCAUAGAGGAAGCCUACAACGCGGCCAUCUGCUUCAAGAUGCUCCGGGACCUGGGCAGCUCAGACCCCCUCCGCCUCAAGCACAUCACCAGGAAGAUCAAAAACAUGGCCCGGGGGCUGCCCGGCCUGGUGCUGGAGACCAUCCAUGACUACUUCCUCAACAACCCGGAGAUGUCCACCCGGCACAAGUUCCGGCUAUUCCACGUCCUGGAGGCUGUCAUUAGAACCAGUGACUUCCUGGAGGAGACCUGGGAGCGAACCUUCAUGCAGCUGGCCCUGGAGAACAUGACCGCGUCCACGGACCUGGAAGAGGCCUACCAGGACGCGGCCAGCAACGUGCUCGUGGCCAUCUGCAAGCACGCGUGGCGGGCCGUGGCCCAGCACCUGGAGGCUGAGGUCCUGACAGGUGUCUUCCCGCACCGCAGCUUCCUCUAUGUGAUGGGCGUCCUGUCCUCCAGCGCAGAGCGACUCUUCAGCAAGGACGAGAAGGCGUGCUGGGACGAGCAGCUGGUUAAGAUGGCCGUCAAGUCCACCCAGUUCCUGAGCAAGGAUGUGUGGUCCAAGGAGCUGCUGUGGGCACUCACCAAGCCCGACCGGACUCAUCAGGAGCAGCCCCCCGAGAAGGCCUUCUUGUUCAACUACUACGGGCUGAUCCUUCAAGCCGAGGAGGAUGGCGACACCGUCAGGACACACCUGCAGACCCUCCUGGCCACCUCCCACCAGUGGCCCAAGCAGCGGGAGGGCAUCGCUCUCACUGUAGGGCUGGCCGCCACCCGCCACCUGGACCACGUCUGGGCCGUCCUGGACCAGUUCGGCCGGAGCUCACUCAUCAGGAAGAGCCUGCACAGCCACGCCCUGAAGAACCCCGAGGACCUGCGGUGGAAGUGGGCCAGCAGCACCGUCCUCCUCGCCUACGGCCAGACGGCGGUCAGCGCCAAGGCCCGCAUCCUGCCCUGGGUGGACAAGAUCUUGUCGCGGGUGAUCUUCUACUUCCACUACAGCUGCUGGGACGAGACCCUGAAGCAGAGCUUCCUCUCGGCCGUCCUCAUGCUGGUGGAGGCCGUCAGCUGCCACGAGGGCGCCCGCGGCUACGAGUUCUCGCAGAUCCCCGAGCUCCUCGAGUGUCUGAUGGUGUUGCUGGAGAAGGAGCCCCCGGACACGUUGUGCACGACGACCCGCCAGCAGGCCAUCCACAUGGUCUCCAGCCUCUGUAAACUCAGGCCCCCUCUGGACUUGGAGAGGAAAUCACGGCUGCUGUCCACCUGCCUCUGCAGCGUGCUGGGCCUGCCGCUGCUGGACAUCCUGGAGAAGCACACCUGCCUCUUCCUGGAGCCACCCAACGUGCAGGAGCUCUACGCCAAGCUGUCGCAGGCCCUGGACGGGAUGCUGCAGGACUUCCUCAGGCAGAGCCCCACGGAGGGGGAGCUGCACUUUCUGCUGGCGCACCUGCACACCUGGCUGACGUCGGAGAAGGCGCACGAGCGGCAGCGGGCGGUGCGCAGCUGCGCGGGCCUCCUGGAAUUCCUGAACCACAGCCUGUGCCUGGACCCGAAAGAGGACUUCAGGCAGAUGGGGCAUCUGGUGGGCCUGCUGGGCAUCCUGUGCCGGGACCCAGACAAGACCACGCAGCGCUCCAGCCUGGAGGGGCUCAGCCACCUCUACCUGCUCCUGCUGCGCCAGAGAGGGUCAGCAGGAGAAGCUUCGAAAGUGGACGUGCUGGCCUCCAGGCAGCCUUCCCAAGCCAGCAUGGACAGGGAGCCCCUCUGGAGCAGUGGGGACCAGAAGGCCCCUCGCCCCACCCCCCUGGAGGGGGUGCUCCCGGAGGACCGCAUCUUCCAGCUCAGCAGCUCCCAAGUGAUCAAGGAGGUCACGAAGCACCUCACGACGGUGGAGCUGAUGGACGCCGCCUGGACCGCCGUGGACGGCCUGGGCUCCACCAGCCCCUUCCGCGUGCAGGCGGCCGCCGAGGUCCUCCUUGCUGUGGCCCGGGAGCACGGGCCCCGGCUGGAGAUGGUCUCCAACCUGGGCCGCGCCAUCCACCUGCAUCUCUGCUCGGUCCGCAUCCCCCAAGCCAAGGAAAACGCCCUGCGUGCCAUCACCCUGCUGGCCCGCAGCCACACCUCCGAGCUGGUGACCGCCUUCCUGGACAUCUCCAUCGCCCUGGACAGCCACACCCUCCGCCUGUGGCGGGCCCUGGGCGCCGAGCUGCACGUGAGCCAUCAGGUGCUGGCCAUCCUGCUGGGCUGCCUGCAGGAGAGGCCCCUGCCCACUGGUGCCAGUGCGGGCGGCCCGCCCCCCAAGGAGAAGCCCUACCUGCGCUCUCUGGCCGCCAUGAACUUGCUGCACGAGCUGCAGUUCACCCGGGAAUUCAAGAAGGCGGUGCAGGAGGCCUACCCCAAGCUGCUCCUGGCCCUGCUCACCCAGACGCACUACGUCCUGGAGCUGGACCUGCCCAGGGAGCCCACGCCCUGCCCAGAGGCCCAGGAUGCAGCCACACCCCACCCGCAUCGCACGUCGCUGGAGGCACUGAAGAGCCUGCUGUCCACCACGGGGCACUGGCAGGACUUUGCCCACCUGGAGCUGCAGAGCGCCUGGGAGCUCCUAGCGGCUGCUCACACCUACCCGCAGGGCGUGGGCCUCCUCGCCAGGGCCAUGGUGCAGAACCGCUGCCAGCAGAUCAGAGCGGUGACCAUCCAGCUCCUGCCCCAGCUGCAGAGCCCCGAGGAGCGGGAGAGGCGGGCGGCCACACUCAUCCUCACGGAGUUCCUCUACAGCCCCGACCUGCUGGAGGUGCUCCCCAAAGAGGAGGCCCUGAUCUUGCUGACGCGGAGUCUCUGGGACCCCAACCCUGAGGUCCGCGUGUGGAGCCUGCAGGGCCUGGGGAACAUCCUCUUCCACCCCGAGAAGGCAGGCCUGCUCCGAGAACAGCUGCCGCCCUUCCUGAGCGGCUUCUUCCAGAGCAGCGAGCUGGUGCUGGUGCGCAUCAUGGGCACCGUGUCCGACGUGCUGCACCGUCUGGGCGCGCACGGCGCGGGAGCCCACAGCCUCGGCGUGGCCAUCAACGCCCGGUCCUUCUUCGACGACGAGCGGGACAGGAUCCGGGCGGCAGCCAUGGCGCUGUUUGGGGACCUGGUGGCAGCAGUGACGGGCAGGGAGCUCGGCGGCCUCCGGGUCCAGGUGCACCAGAGCAUGGUGCCCCUGCUCCUGCACCUGAGGGACCACUGCCCGGCCGUGGUCACGCAGGCCAAGUUCGCCUUCUACCGCUGUGCCGUGGUGCUCCGCUGGCCACUGCGGCACACCCUGUUCUGCACGCUGGCCUGGGGGAAGGGCCUCAGCGCCCGCCACUUCCUCUGGACCUGCCUGAUGACCCGCAGCCAGGAGGAGUUCAGCAUCCACCUGGCGCAGGCCCUCAGCUACCUGCACAGCCGCCACCACCACAUCAAGACCUGGGCGGCGCGCUUCAUUGGGUACACCAUCUGCUACCACCCCCAGGCCGUGACCCGGAUGGUGUGCCGAGUGGACAUGAGCCUGCUGUUCAGCACUUUUGAAGACCUCAAAGCAGACCCGGAGCCUGGCAUCCGUGAAUUCGCCAGCAGGCAGCUCUCCUUCCUCCAGAAGGUGGCGGGCACAGCCAAGCAGUGACCUCCGGGCGCCCCUGCCCGCAGCCCUGCCCCAUCUGUCCACAGAGCCUGGUUGCACAUUUUUCCAUUCAGAAGAAAGAUCUAGAUUCCACAAA